AUUUAUCACUAACCUUUAAGUUGGACGCAACAACAACAGGUCCACUAACAAGUCAAACUGUAUAAAUUGAAACGCACGUCCAGUUGGAAAACACAGUCUCAUUAUUAACAAUUCCGAAUAACUAAAGAAUGGCGCAUUUUUCUGUAGUUUCACUCACCCAAGUUGUUUGGCUGUUGGUUUUGAUUUGUUGGACGCCGAGUUCGACAGGCGCUGCCUUUUCCUUGGAGGAAGAAUUCCUACAACUGAAGGAAAAUUACAUUCAAAUGAAACAAAUCGUAAAAAGUUUGGAGGCCAAAGUUGAACAACAAGAUUCGCUUUUAACUUCCCUUUCACGAGAGAAAAAUGAACGCACAGCAGCAGCAACCGACUCUGUUCCAAUUGUCAAUAAUCCAUCGGCUGUUGCCAUCAACGGACUGCCGUCCUCAUGCGCGGAUCUCAAAAGCAUUGGCCACAUUUGGAGCGGAUUUUAUUCCGUCAUGGGAUUGGCGAAAAUGGAAUCCGUUUUCUGCGAUUUCACUAAACCCCCUGGCGAUGCGGGUUUUGAGAAAAGGAUCGGAUACGUCGACGUCAAAUCGACGCCCGUCCAUUUCUACGUCCAGAGAAAUUCAACAUUUUCCCAACAAUACACUCCGCUUCCGUUCGAUUUGGCGGUGGUGAACGUUGGAAAUGCCAUGAAUUUGACGUCGGGGAAAUUCACGGCACCAGCACCGGGAAUUUAUUUUUUCUCUUUCACGGGAGUGGCGCAUCUUGGACCUUAUUUUUUUUCUGCUCUUGUUUUGAACGGGAGUGUAAUCGGGACGGGUUUUGUUCAAAUUAACGGCGGCCCCAUUGAUCAAGUUAGUCCGUUGACCGUCCAGUCGACGCUGAACUUGAAAACAGGCGAUCAAGUCUGGGUGUCGAUUUAUUUUGAAGGUGGUACAUCCUCGUAUUUGAAUGACCUCGUCCUUAAUUACCACUUGACCCAUUUCACGGGUUUCAUGUUGGAGGAAGAAAUUGUGGCGUCCCUUUGAGGUUCAACUUCAUCGGCGACACGAAACAUUUUCGACACGAACAUUUUUGUUUAAUUUCGACACGAAAUUUUGGGGACGGAGGGAAUUUUACGGGGGGAGGGAAAGAAAAUAUGUUCGACUCUAAUUCAUUUAGGAAUAGGAAUUUCUUUGCCAAAGUUGAACUGUAGAUGUAAUUACCUUUACUGAAUACACAAAACGAAUUUCAA